AUGGUUAAUAAUAAUUCAAUAAAACGUUUAAUUUAUUUUGUUAAUAAUUUUGAAGAAAAAUUAUCAUCAAUUAAAUUAAUUAAUGAUAAAUUAUAUGAAUUAAUGUCAAUUGUAUCAAAAACACAUGAAGAUAUUAUUCAAGAAUUAUCAUUUGUUAAAACUAUUUUAAAUCAAACAAUUAUUGAACAAGAAGAAGAUGAAAUAAUUCCAAUUGAUGGAACUAAAUCAGAAUGGGACGAUGAUGAUGAUGAUGAUACUGUUGAUGAAUUUCAAUCAGAAAGAAUAAAUAAAAAUAUUCAUAGAGAAAAUAAUCCAUUAAUUCGUCGAACUGAUCGUAUUUUAAUAAAUUCUGCAUCAUCAAAUGAUUCAUCAUCAAUUAUUGAAAAUUAUUCAAAUUACCCAACAAUUAAACGUUCAUCAAAUAUGAAAAAAUCUGAUCGAUCAUCAUCAAGAACAAAAUCUCCUAAAGCAGUUACAUUUAGUCUUGAUGAAAAUCUUCAUAAUCAACAACAGACAAUUAUUCAACCUAAUCAACAAUUACACAAUGAUACAAAAAAUGAAACAUUUGAUGAAAUAACAACACCAAUUAUACCUUAUUCAUAUUCGAAUUCAUCAAAAGAAAAUCAGUCAGAAUUAAAAGCUAAAAUUGAAAAUAUAAUAACAAAUAUUCGUAUUCAUGAAAUUGAAUCAAAAAAUGGUGAUUAUAUUCGUUUAUUAAAUUUAUCAAAUUCAGAUGAUUAUGAUUUGAGUGGACAUUAUUUACAACAAAUUAUUGCUUCAAAACCUAUUUGUCGUUUUCGAUUUCCAUCUAAUACAAUUAUUCGAGCUGGACAUACUGUUACAGUUUGGUGUGGCCAUUUCAAAGAUAUAACUCCACAACCACCAUAUGUUUUUCUUUGGAAAGAACAACCAAAAUGGCAAACUGGACCAUUAUGUCUCACCAUUUUGGCUAAACCAAAUGGACAGCCAAUAGCAUUGUUUCGAAAUUGUUCUCAUAUUGAUCCAGAUCAAUCAUCAAGUGAUAUUCUAUUUCUACGGUCAAAAUCUACAACAGGAUCAACUGAUAUAUCCAAUAAUUCAUCAAUUUCAAUUAAAAGACAAAGUCGUUAUUCAUUAUUUAAUUCAAAUGUAAAUAAUAAACCACCAUUUGCACAUUCACCAAAUAAUCCAAUACAUCCUGAUCAUAAUGGUACAAAUGUAAACAUGCCCAAUGAUCUUCGUUGUCAAACCAAUCAAAAAGCUGGUGUUUCUCGAUUACUUAAUCGUCCUAAAUCGUCUCCAUUUGCAAGUCAUUUAGGUUGUAAACAAGAUUUAAUUAGUAGAAAUAUUUUACAAACACAACAAACACAACGACAUAAACAAACAACAGUUAAAACUUAA